GUUUGCCAGGUCUAGGGUCAUGACUUCAGGCUGCUUCCAUUUGGUGCAGGAAGGCGAGUUUGCCCUGGUGCACAGCUGGGUCUCAAUCUGGUGACCUCCAUGCUGGGUCACCUCCUGCAUCAUUUUUGUUGGAAGCCGAUAGAUGGGGUGAAACCAGAAGAUAUCGACAUGUUUGAGAAUCCCGGAUUGGUGGCUUACAUGCGGACACCGUUAGAAGCCGUGGCCACGCCUAGGCUGCCUUCACAUUUGUACAAACGCAUCGCCGUGGACAUAUAGAAGACUAGAAGUUUACACAUUUUGCUGAGUUUCUCUGCUUUCUACUGGACCACAUUUCUUUCCUUCUUGAUCAGUAAUCUUUUGAUUAAGGGAACCAAAUAAAAAACGCCCCAUGUGAAUGAUCUUAAUCAUUGUUUUUAUUUGCUACUUAAUUGAUAUGAGUUUAAAAAUAUCAUAUUUUUCGUUGUUAUUUGCAUUGGCUAUGAGCAUUACUUCAUUUACAGAGAGAGGAAGUAAAGGAUAGUAACAAUU